GGUCUCUCUCUCCAAAAUGUGUCAGUCACUGUAGUUCAGGAGAUUAAAAAGCUUGUCCUGGUGCAUCCUAUGCUUGUUAUUGCUGCAAAAGCAACCAUUCUGGGCAAUAGAUAUGCAGCGAAUGAAGUGAAAUGGAACCUUAAAAGGCCAUUCUCACCAGAUUCAGCAGCUUCAAGUGUAACAAAUAAAGUGCAUCAACUUAUGUAUCGUGAGUAUAUGCCUUCUAUCUGGCAGUCCUUUGUCACGCUCAGAAUACUAAUACAAGCCUCAGAUGAUCAUAUUUCUACUGAAAAUAAUCAUAAUAAGUCUGUCUACUUGUCAGAAUGGUUAAUGCCACCAUUGAGUUUUGGGGAUAGCUUUAUUGUGAAAGAUGCUGGUGUCUUCUGUGUUUCAUGAUGUGUGUUUGUGCAAAGAUAAAACAAUGUACUCGAAAUACCAGCUUUCCAGAUUUUCCAGUCAGGAUUUAUAUCGAGAGUUCUACAAUUUGGGGCUCAAGUCUCUCGGUAGGCCCUGUACAUGGGACAAAUGAUCUUUACUUUCAGAUAGGCUUUGCUUCUGCUUGUUUCGUACUUAAUAUUCAAUGGGGCUCUGCAACUACAGUAGGUCUAUGAAUUUGAUCAGUUAAGUUAUGGUUGCAUUUUGAGCUGUUUCAGUUCAGAAGAUUAUCAAGUGUAUUUUGUGGCAUUUUUCAGUAUUUGAUAUUGUUAUUUAUUUAUGGUAAUGAUUGUAACAGGAUAAUCUGUAUUGCAAUCAAAGGCUCGUGUGGUCAAGUUUUACUCCCA